ACGAAUUUGGUAAUGCCAUAUGUCCCCAUUUGAAUAUGACAAAUUUUGACAUCUCCCAUUUUGCCACUUCUUCAUAGGUCCAUAGCAGUAAUUUGAUGUAAUUUGAACGGGGAAGAUGCUUUCUUCAUUCGUCGCCAUAUUCUCCCGCCACCGCCACCUCCACCUCCCGCCGUCUUCUUCCGCCCGCCACUUCCUCUCCGCCGCCUCCCUCCCGAAUUCUUCUCCCACUUCCUCCAAGCUGCGUUCCAUGUACUCCUUCACGCCACCGCCUUCGCUUAAACCCAGGAUAAACCCUAACCCUCCUGACCCGAAACCUCCCAAACCGCGGUACCGGCCGCCCUCCUCCCUCGACCGCGGCGGCCAGCCAGCGGCCGUCUCUGACCUUCCGUUCGACUUCCGAUUCAGCUACUCCGAGAGCAGUCCCACCGUGCGGCCCAUUGGGCUUCGCGAGCCCAAAUACUCUCCUUUUGGACCGGGCCGAUUAGACAGGGUUUGGACCGGCGUCUGCGCUCCUGUAGUUGACCCUAGACGGGGAUCGCAGGAGGAUGAGAGAAAGCUCAGGGAGAAGAGGAGGGAGAUGUGGGCGAAGAUUCAAGGAGUGCCAUUGACCGAUGCAGAGAGGAACGCUCUUGUUGAGAGGUGUCAGAGGCACAAAACUAAGAGGCAAAUCAAUUUGGGUAGAGAUGGGUUAACACACAACAUGUUAAUUGUUAUUCAUGAUCACUGGAAACACACGGAGGUCGUCAGGAUAAAGUGUAUGGGGGUUCCCACUGUCAAUAUGAAGAACUUGUGCUCUCAUUUGGAGGAGAAGACGUUUGGUAAGGUCAUCCACAUACAUGGUGGGUUUCUUGUACUCUACAGAGGGAGGAAUUAUGAUAGAAAGAAGAUACCAGAGAUUCCAUUAAUGUUAUGGAAACCCCAUGAACCUGUGUAUCCAAGACUUAUAAAAACUACUAUCGAAGGCUUGAGCAUUGAAGAAACCAAGGAAAUGAGGAAAAGAGGAUUAGCUGUUCCCGUUUUGACAAAACUUGCUAAAAAUGGCUAUUACGCUAGCCUUGUACCCAUGGUUCGAGAUGCUUUUUUGACUGAUGAGUUGGUUAGGAUAGAUUGUGGAGGACUCCCAAAGAGUGAUUACAGGAAAAUUGGCUGCAAGUUGAAGGAUCUGGUUCCUUGCAUCCUCGUAACAUUUGCUAAGGAGCAGAUCGUGGUAUGGAGGGGAAAAGACUAUAAACCCCCCAAUAAUGGGGAUGAUUUUUUACUCCCAGAUAGGGAACCGUUUGAUAACAAUGACGAUGAUGAAGCCGGUCCUCCUCCAAAAGAAGAUGAAUGCCUUAUGAGAUUCUAUGAUGGAGUGCUUAAUGUGAUUGGCAACAACGCGUCUUCUCCUCGACGUCCUCACCAUUGCUCGAAUAGCAUCACACGUCCUACUGCUAGAGCCUAAGAGCCUGUUUGGGAUUGGCUUAUUUUACAAGUACUUUAAUAUAAAGAAGUUUCUCAUUUAAGCAUUAAAAGUUCUUUUCAAAUAGAUUCAAUCUAGUGCAUUCUUAUAUAAGCACAAAAUGUUUUUUUUUUCAUUUUCUUACUAUGUGCUUCUCUUUUGAAGUAAAAUUGUAAAUUUAGUUCUCUUUGUACAAAAGAUACUCCCUUCUUCCCCAAAAGAAUUUCUCAUCACUCUCCUUUUUGUCUCCCCCAAAAUAAACUUUCUCCUUUUUUUCUUUCCAUUAAAGAAAACGAUCAAGUGGUUCACAACAUUUCCCUCUUCUAACAAAUUUUAUCCGCACACUUUUUACUUUUUAAUGCCCCGUAAGUUAAACUUCGUGAAGUCAGUCCAUAACUUUCUUUUGGGCACGGAGGAUGGGAAAUAAGUCAUCCCACAGCCACUCUGAAGUGCUUAGCAGGCGAGACCGAGGCCACCAAGAGGUGUUGGGCCCGGGAGGAUGAGAUACGAGGAAAAAUUACAAAAUUGACCCCGAUCAAUCAUCCGAUUUCAAGUACUUCUUAAUCUCUCAGGGGACCUCGAAGUGACUGAGUCGAGCCAAAGUGAUUCUUAGGAUGCCCUCUGACCCGACUACCAUUUGGUCUCUCGAGGGUAGGCCGGGUCUCCUCUAUUGGUGCUUCUCCUCUCGGCCAAGCCAAACUUUAGGUUCACUAUGCAUAUCUCUUGGGCCGACCCACACGUUGGAGCCUUUCCCAAUACAGGAGUUAAAAUAGAUGAACUUUUACCAUCAGUUACUCUCAAUUUGUAUUACAUAAAUCAAUAUGAAGAAAUUAU